GGCGCUCUCUCUUUGCCUGCUACUGUUUCUGUGUGCUUCUCUCUGGGCUUUUCAGAAUCUCUUUCUUUUCCUGUAAAAGAGUAGCUUUACAGAUGUCCAUCUCCGCUCAGAUGCCCAAUUUCAUACCAUCCAUGAGCUCAGACUUCCAGCAUUACAGUUUCAGGAUGCCAAAUAUUGGAUUCCAGAACCUGCCUCUCAACAUAUACAUUGUGGUCUUCGGUACGGCAAUAUUCGUCUUCAUCCUCAGUUUGCUCUUCUGCUGCUAUCUGAUCAGGCUUCGACAUCAAGCCCACAAAGAGCUCUAUGCUUACAAACAGGUUAUUCUAAAGGAAAAAGUAAAAGAACUUAACUUGCACGAGAUCUGUGCUGUUUGUUUGGAGGAAUUUAAGCCCAAAGAUGAACUGGGGAUCUGUCCGUGCAAACAUGCCUUCCACAGAAAGUGCCUCAUCAAGUGGCUGGAGGUCCGCAAGGUGUGCCCGCUUUGCAACAUGCCCGUCCUUCAGCUGGCCCAGCUUCACAGCAAGCAGGAUCACCCCGGUCCUCCGCAGGAGCCCCUGCCCGGGGCGGCAAACCUUGUAUAGCUUCCCCCGCGAGAUGCACUUUUCUGGCACGCCUGAUUGCCCAUCGGACUCUUUCAGAGACUUUCCCGCCGCCAACCACGUGUCUUGCGGCCUCGGAGGCUCUUCCAGGAUUCCCUUUGUCUCAUGAAGAACUCCCAGGAUGCCCUUGGAGGGGAGAAAGGCCGGAUGCCGGGACUGUGGACACACCUGUAGUGCAACGCCCGCCAGUGCAACAAGAAGGCCCAGUGGGAAGUCUCUGGGUUCACUUUUCUUUUCUUUUUGAAGAGCACUUUACAAACAGGUGCAUCUCUCCAGGCACCCGUGACUCGCGUUGGAUCAGGUGGUGGACAAACCCAAAGCCGUCUAAGGGAGACAGAAGUCGAGAUGAGCAAACUCCCUGCACGUGUGGGGAAUGUUUGUCUUUGCCUCAUGGAACAAAAAACGAGACUCUGCGCGCUCUUUGCUGUGCCCCGCGAUUCCACCGCCCCCUGGUGGUUACCUCAUACCGAAUUGCCUGUGGCUUUUGGAACCGUCAACGGCAAGGCAGAAUCUAGAUGUUGCUGUUGGAUCCGGGAUGCUUGUCAGUGCUGUUGUGUCUGUUGUGGGGAGGGGAAGGGCAAGGAGUUUGUAAACCGCUCUGAGACUCCAAGUGAAGGGCGGGGUAUAAAUCCAAUCUCUUCUUCUUCUUCCUCUUCCUCUCGGGCUGGGGUGCAGCAGCGAAACUCCCUUGCAGCCUCGGAGGAAGAGUUAGUGCUUAUUAGAGACAGUGGUUCGGAGAAUCCACAAGGCAGCACAGAAAACAUUUCGUUCGAGAGGCCAAUUGUUCACCAGUGGCCCGAUUGGAACUGUAAGGCACUUGAACACGCACACCCCUGGUCCCCGACUAAAAAUAAACGAUCCCUUAAGUGCCCUAAAGAGAGAAACAAAUUUCCUAGGUUAUUCAUCGACAAUUUCUUCACCCGUGAGACCCAAGGGAGAACAAGGGGGCCCCUUCAGCAUCCCAGCGAGAGGGGCCACAGGCGCUUG